UGUCACUGCCACUGUGAUUUGUGAUUUAUAUCUCUGCUAUUUGUAUCACCAGCUAUUUACUAUUCAUAUAGUUCGAUCUAUUUAUCCUUAUUCCCAUUUCUAGAGUGAUGCCUGCCUUAGUCCCUUCCUGGAGCCGUGACUACUAUUCCGACGAUGGUUGACAGUACAACCAAACUCCAAGUACGAACUCGAAAAUACCUACUCCCCCCCCUUGAUUCGGCGCUUUUCAGCGCUAUCGUCUCGGAUUAUGACCUCGCCGACUGCGAGAGCUUGAAGCAGCUCGAAGAUAUUUUGGAUGCUUUGAAAGCGACGGCAGACGAACAGCAAGACCUGCCAUUCGACCCCUCGGGUACGGGCGGCUUGAGUGCUGCGGAUUUGGUUGAUAAUGAUGGCAGUACAUCGCGAAACGACACCAGCGGAUCACGCGAGACCGAUAUUACGAGUCUGAGAUCAGACCUUUCGUCUCUUGUGAUAGACAGCGAGACUGCCAGGACUUCAAACAUAAAAUCAUAUAUAAUCGACUCCAAUGGGAUGCCGAGUCUGACGGGCAUGACAGUCGAGGAAAAGAUUGGCUAUCUAUCAGAAAUGUUUCCGUCUGUCGCACAGUUUACGAUCAAACAUACUCUUACCAAAUGCGAUGGCGAUGUGGAUCGUUCCAUGGAUCUGCUUCUCAAUAUCGCCUUUUUCGACAGCCAAGAAAGCCAGUCCCCUGUUGACGAAGAUGCUAGAAUAUCUAUACCGAAAGGCAUUGACGGAUUCGUGUCUCCUCAGAACGGAAGGAAGAAAGGCAAGAAUAGAAAAGCAAAAACAAGAGCUCCUGCAGGAUUCUCGUCUCUUGACUCGCCAGAGUCACCUAUUCGUAAUAAAUGGGACGAUGCAAAAGAGGAUCUAGAUUUUAUAUGUUCUCGCACCUCGUCAGUGCUUAGGAGGGAGACCGUAUCGUCAGCUUACCACCAGAACCAUGCGUCUCUUCCAGAAACAAUUAGAUUUCUCGCAGCAGCGAACACUCUCAAAACCGGCAGCAACGACGAAGUGCUUGUAGCGCAGGUCGCAGAGCUUGUGCAAGAUUUCCCCACCAUUUCAAUCCCAAUAUUAGAAGGGCUGCUUAGUAUCACGGCUCAUUCAACAUCAGCUGCCAACGAGCUGGCUAGAGCUACUCUCGCUCAGCCUUCACGGCAAGCAUCCGACAUCGUUCGCAUUGCCGCUCCGGCUCCUAUUCUUGACGAUGAAGAAGAGAGACCAGCACGGCCAUCAGCUGCGCUUCCUCGAAUACCACUAGAAUACAACUCGGCGCAAACCAUAGCAAAUUCUCACUUUGCGGCCGGCUCCACGGCAUUUGUCAAAGCAUCAGCUGCUUAUCGUCGUGGUAAAUCCGAUCGUCUGAUGGGCGGUGCAGCCGCCUAUUACGCAUCAGUCGGCCGCGAGCAUUUGGAGAAGGCGAAAAGGGAGGCAUCUGCAGCGGCAGAUGCGCUGGUCAACGCACAGUCAACGGUUGAUUCGCUUGAUCUUCACGGCGUGAGUGUUCAAGACGGAGUUCGGAUUGCUAGUGACCGUGUUUCGCGGUGGUGGGAGUCUCUUGGGGAUACGAAAUAUGCAGUUGGAGGAUCAGCCCAGGGACCAUAUCGAAUUAUUACUGGCGCUGGUCGCCAUAGUCGUGAUGGCACGUCGCGAUUGGGUCCUGCGGUUGGCAAGAUGUUGGCGACAGAAGGGUGGAAAGUUGAAGUUGCGGAUGGAGUCCUCAUUGUUACCGGCAAAAGCCGCCGUCGGUGACUACCGUCAGGUUAUUGGAAUGCAUUUUAUGGUGUAUGUAGAUACCCUUUGGAUUUGGAUCUGUUAGAUGUUGUUCUAGACUUUGCAUCCAUAUCCAGGUAAUGUCAGCGCUCGGAUUUUACGACUAGCCAAUGAUGAAAUAGAACUUGUAUAAUAUCUCAUCUCUAUAUAUUUCAAAUAGUCAAAUAUAGAAAUUCAGCAUAUUUGCG